AUGAGCAUCCAAUGUUUACAUCCCACAAUUCACUGCGUAUGGUUCAUGUAAAAAUGGCGGACGACGGAAACAGAGCGACGUCGCCAAGACCAUUAUUUCCAAUAGAGGGAAUUAGUUUCACAUCAAAUGUAAGUUCUAGUAUACGAAGUAUAUUUCCUUCUGUUGGUGCACCGAGUAUUGAUAAAGUUGAAAAAGCACAAACAUCAAAACCAGGAGCUGGUAAUUUUGACUGGCUGUACAAUGACAGCUUUGAACCAAAAGAUGCAUUGAAAAUAGCUCAUUUACAUAAAGAGAGAACUGAAACAGAACGUGAGAGUGCAUCAGAGGUAGAGGAGAGGGUUAAACAGACGGAAAGCCAGCUUGAUCAUUAUGACACUUCCAACAAUGAGUCAGUUCAAGACCGUCAUUAUGUGGUCAAGAAAAGGAAGUUUCAUUCGCACGGAAGAUUUUCAAGUGAUGAGACCCAUUCAAACUUUGAAACAAAAAAGAGGAAACACAAAAAACAAAGUAAAAAGAAGAAUAGACAUUCUAGUGAGUCCUCUGACACUGCUGAUCACGACAGAAGAAGGAAACAUAAGAAAUCACAUCAUAAGAAGCAAAAAAAACAUCACAGAAAAUCACCAGUGAUAAAACAACACAUUGUCAGUGAGCCUUUGAAACCAGAAACAAAUUGGGUUGAAGAAACUGUUUUAAAACCUGAAGAUGCCUUUCGAAUAGAUGUGAAGGGUGAUAAAAAUAAUAGAGCGUUUCAGUCACUUUACUACUUGGACACUGCUAGGUACCACAGUCAGCAUCGUUUAUGCCUAGGACUGGGAAAGAAACAAAGUAUCAAGUGGACAGAUAGUGACAAAGUGCAAAAGAAAAAAAAGAACAAUUCUGAUCGAUAUUAUGGGAAACAUGCAGUUUCGUUACUUAAUGAUGAUAACCUCAGGCUUUUAGAUUUGUCUAAGCCGAAGUUUGAAAGCAAACCGGGUGGACAUUCACAAAGUGGGAGGAUGACUUAUAUACCACUAGGCAUAUCAAUGGUUGAAAUCACUACUGUCACACCACAACAAAGAAGUAUAUAUUUGGUUGAUCCUCUUGGCAUUCAUGAUGCAGCAACACAGCAGUAUUUACAAGGAGUUAUGCAAAAGAAAGACAUUUCCGAAGUACUAGAAGAUAAGGAAACAGAAACCAGGAGUGAAUUGAUAAAGAAGAAAACGACAGAGUUCAAUAAAAUGACACAUGAAAGCCCACAUGAUGUCAAAGCAUGGUUGGAAUUUGUUCGGUUUCAAGAUGAAGGCGUGAAAAUGGGAGUCUUUGCAAUGGAUGAUUCCCCAGAGACUGAAAAAGGGAAGAAAUUAUCGCUGGCUGUUGCUGAAAAGAAGAUAUCUAUUCUUGAAAACGCCAUUGAGAAGAACCCCUCAUCUAUUGAACUGAAAGUGGAACACCUUGAACUCUGCAAAGAGUUCUGGACAUCAUCUAAGCUAUUGGAACAUUGGAAACAGAUGGCCUUUCUUCAUCCUAAUGACCCUUUGCUAUGGCAACAGUAUUUGAUAUUUUCUCAGUCCACUUUCUCAUCAUUUACAUUUAGUCGGACUAUGACCUUAUAUGGGAAAUGUCUGAGUACUUUACAGUCUAUUGUUGGUGGUACAUUUCGUUCUCACAAUGCAUUGCCGCAUACUGAAGAUUAUAUGAUUGAUUUGUUCACCCAGGAGUGUGAGUAUAUGAGACAGAGUGGACACACAGAGAAAGCUAUUGCUGCUUUUCAAGCGCUUAUAGAAUUCAACUGUUUUAGUCCUGCAAAGCUUGAUGAAUCGACUAAACCCACUCAGCAGAUAGCAUUCUUCGAAACAUUUUGGGACUCUGGCGAACCUGUAUUUGGUGAACAUGGAGCCAAGGGUUGGAAUAAAUGGAUGCAUAAGAAGGAGAAAGGAGGCUGGGAGGAAUUGGUAUUACCUACACAAGAGGAGAAUGAAAAUGAUGAAGAAGAUGUUGAGGAUGACUUCAUCAAAAUUGACCGACCUGUGUGGAAGGUAUGGAGUGAUGUUGAAAACUAUCGAGAGCAAUGUCACUGGUUGCCUUGGAAACCUGAUGUUAAAAGAGGACAGACUGAAGAAGACUGUGAGGAUCCAGACAGACUUGUCUUAUUUGAUGAUAUCAGCUCAUCAUUGUUCAAAGUUACUACUCAGGAUCAUCAGUUUCAGAUCAUUUUGAGGUUCUUGCAGUUUCUUGGUGUGUCUACCUGUCCAAUAACAUCAACAGCAUGCUAUCAAAGUCAGAGAUACUUUGGUGUCAGUCUUGAGCAUCCUACUCAGCUGCUGCAGAAUACACUAUCAACAUCAGAGCUUGCUUGGGCUAUCAACUAUAGAGGAGUUGCUUGCAUAGUGGAGCCACUGCAGCAGAAGGUGCUGCUUUCUGAAUGUGAAUUUUCUUGCAGUUCCCAUUCUAAAGAUUUAAACGACUUCAUCAUCAACAUCUUUACACAGGCUUUAUCUGUACUAUCAGGAGUGGCCAGGACGCAUCUUACAUGCAUUUGGUUGCAGUAUGAAACCAGAAAAGCUGCACAGAUCAAAGGGAAGCGAACUAAGCAUCAGACUAAGUCAGUAAGGAAGUUUGCUAAGUCUGUGUUAAAAGAAACUCACAAUAGAAAUAAUCUUCUUCUGUGGGAAAUGUAUGCUCAGUUUGAAUGGCAGGUUGGUAACAUUGAUGAAGCAAGAAAGAUAUUUGAUACUGCACUAAUGAUGUAUAGUCAACUCAGUAAACAUACACAAAGCCAAGAUAUGAAACAAUCUGCUGCUAAACUAUGCCGCACAUACACUGAACUUGAGCUUGGAUUUGAUGUACUGGUCAGCACGCCAACACAUCAUGUCAGAAUCGCUCUUGACGAGUCUCGAAGAAAGAGAGCUUUACAUAUAUUGACCAAUUUUGCAGAUCCUGCAAUGUACACAUCGUCCUCCAGUAAUCCGGUCAACUCAGUCAGUAUUUUGAAGGCAAGAAGUGUGUAUCAAAUGGAAUGUCACAAAUUGCUGCAAGGCUACAAGGAUCUUGUUUCUUCUCAUUCCUCCAUGUGUGUUCCUGUUGGUAGCUGUGUUACGCAUGUUGUCACUUGCUAUGCACUCUUCCAGUAUAUGACAGUCGGCCUGAAAGCUGCAACUGUUGUUUUUGAGGAAUCCCUCUCUGAGUUGAGGAACCAGUGUAAAUUACCAGAGCCACCAGAGGAUAGAUUUACCAACAUUUCCGAAUACUACCUGUUAGAUUAUGAGAUGCUUCUCACCUUAUAUGUCAGAGUGCAUUUCUACCAUAUGGUACACCAUCCCACUACACUGACACCUGUUAGGAAUCUCCUUCAGAGAGCGCUGUCUGAUUUUCCAAACAGUCCCACCUUCUUAUACCUGUUCAUCUUAAUGGAGCUAAGGUCACACAUAACAGGUCGCGUUAGACGCUAUUUUGAUCAUGCUCUGCACGAAUCAACCACACCGGUGCCUUUUCUGUAUGCCAUCUUUGCAGAGCAACUCAGGGAGCAGACAUUUGAGCAAGUGCAAAGAAAUCAAGUGGCCGCUUCAGAUACUACUUGGCAGUUGCCAUCCACAGGAAUCACUCACCGUAUUAGAUCUUUAUUUGAGAGAUCUACAUCAUGCCGAAAUGCCAGACAUUGCAUACUGAUAUGGAGAAUGUACAUAUACUUUGAGGUUCAUCAUGGUAAUAAAGAAAGAGCCAAAUCUAUAUUUUAUAGAUCACUGCAGCAUUGUCCCUGGUCUAAGGCAUUAUACAUGGAUGCUAUACUGUACUUCCCGGAUGAUUUGUUACACAUACUAGACAUAAUGAUGGAGAAAGAGAUCAGGAUAAGGGCUCCAUUGGAGGAAAUUGAGAUGCUCUUAAAAGCUAAACAACAAGAGCAAGCUGGAAACACCAACCAAACAGUACAAGCUGCAGAUCAGUGUGGUGAUAUGGAUCAGGAUACUGGACACUUAAACCAAGAUAAUCUGAAUAAACAACAAGAUACAAGCAAGCAACAGAUUCAGUUGAUUACUGAAUAG